ACGGACAUCCGUUGUUUAAAAUGUCUCCUUAACAACCGAACUGGGAGUCAAACAGCAGAAGUUUUCUGUGGAGAAACGCCUCGAGUCGGAAUGGCUGGGACUGGCGAGGGGAAGAAAGAGGAGGCCGACUACAAGAGACUGCACAGCUUCCCUCUCAUCAGGCAUACAGAUAUGCCAGAGGAAAUGAGGGUUGAGACAAUGGAGCUUUGUGUUACAGCCUGCGAAAAGUUUGCCACCAACAAUGAGAGCGCAGCGAAGAUGAUCAAAGAGUCCAUGGACAAGAAAUUCGGCAGCUCGUGGCACGUGGUGAUUGGUGAGGGCUUCGGCUUUGAGGUCACGCAUGAAGUAAAGAACCUGCUCUACAUGUUCUUCGGAGGGAGUCUGGCCGUGUGCGUGUGGAAGUGUUCGUAGCACCUCCUCACCGUCCCUCCUCCCCCUCUGACAUGGUCACUGGGCUGGGACUGAACACCAGCUACCAGCCAGACGCUGGUUACAUUUGUGUUGCGGCAGGUCAGUUUGUCCACACUACCAGCCACUGUGGCAGAUAAUAAACCGUCAUUUGGAGAUGUCGUCCACUUUCGAAAUGUAGUUGGCAGGGAAAACAGUUGAAAGGGAAUCUUGAGUGCGGCAGUCACUUUGGCUGAAAGGCGUAAAAAUAGCUUUCUGCCUUGUCUGUCACUUUUCAUUUUCUUUUUUUUUUCCCCAACCCUCCAUCCUUCUCUGAAGCUGUAUCCAUGGUUCUGAACAUUUGUGAGCGUGCACGUGCUAGUAAGUUCAACUUUUACAAACUACAGCCAGCCAGGGUCUCCAAAGUCCUUUAUCCUCAUUCCUCUUCAGGGAGCGCGUGUGUGCGUGAGUGAGUUUAUAUGUUUGUGUGUGCGGGACACACACAUCAUUUUUUGAUAUAGCAUUUCAUUGUCACCUUCCUCAGCAGUUUCUACAACAGACAAACUGUCCACACCAUCUUUAACUUUCUCUAUCUCUUCCUCUCCAACCGCACUAGUCUUUCAAUAAAAUUUGUAAUAUUUUUUAUGUGUACAUAUUUUGAUGCGACUUGAAGAACUUCUUUUUAAAGACCAGUGUCAUCUUCUUACAACUGAAGGCUCUGAAUCUCCCGAGCCGAGCAACACUAAACCCGAUCCACCUUUUCUCCCUGUAAAGGUGUUUGUAAUAAUCCCUGAUGAUAUCACUCAGCUGGGUGAUAUUAGCAAUGUGAUUGUUUUCAUGUUGAUGCCAGUUUUAAUGAUCCAACGCAAUGGACCAUUUUGUGUGAAUUGACCUGAUUGUACAAUAAACUCGGAAAUGUGGUGAAAUAGGAACUUAAA